AUGUACGCGGGAGGCAUGUGCCGUGGGCAGCGGCGCGGCUGGUUGCUUGGCUGGGGGCAGAGGAGAUCACCCCACGUCCAGACACUGCGUCUUGCGAGCGCCAGGGAAACUGGCUCGGAAAAACGGGCGAAGGACUCUCCCGACGGCACAGGUAGGAGCACUGAGAGUGCCGCAGAGGGUUCUGGCGACGAGCCGACGGUGACGGCGUCGGUGUCCAGGGGAGAGGCGACCUGCGAAGGUGGCGGAAACGGCGUUGCAAGUGGGCAGGCAGGGACUUCCACCGGCGAGACUGCCUCGGGUGGAGGCACCCGCUCGAAGGCAAGGAGAAGAAGGCAAGGAGAAGAAGGCAAGGAGAAGAAGGCAAGGAGAAGAAGGCAAGGAGAAGAAGGCAAGGAGAAGAAGGCAAGGAGAAGAAGGCAAGGAGAAGAAGGCAAGGAGAAGAAGGCAAGGAGAAGAAGGCAAGGAGAAGAAGGCAAGGAGAAGAAGGCAAGGAGAAGAAGGCAAGGAGAAGAAGGCAAGGAGAAGAAGGCAAGGAGAAGAAGGCAAGGAGAAGAAGGCAAGGAGAAGAAGGCAAGGAGAAGAAGGCAAGGAGAAGAAGGCAAGGAGAAGAAGGCAAGGAGAAGAAGGCAAGGAGAAGAAGGCAAGGAGAAGAAGGCAAGGAGAAGAAGGCAAGGAGAAGAAGGCAAGGAGAAGAAGGCAAGGAGAAGAAGGCAAGGAGAAGAAGGCAAGGAGAAGAAGGCAAGGAGAAGAAGGCAAGGAGAAGAAGGCAAGGAGAAGAAGGCAAGGAGAAGAAGGCAAGGAGAAGAAGGCAAGGAGAAGAAGGCAAGGAGAAGAAGGCAAGGAGAAGAAGGCAAGGAGAAGAAGGCAAGGAGAAGAAGGCAAGGAGAAGAAGGCAAGGAGAAGAAGGCAAGGAGAAGAAGGCAAGGAGAAGAAGGCAAGGAGAAGAAGGCAAGGAGAAGAAGGCAAGGAGAAGAAGGCAAGGAGAAGAAGGCAAGGAGAAGAAGGCAAGGGAAAGAGUAA